AUGAAACCCCCAUCUUCUCAACCCGGCCUGUACCCAGAGCAAGAGACCAGAGUCAUCAUUCCAGCAGCAACACCCACAAUUGAAACAGAACGACUUAGCCUUCGACCCCUUGAGCUCUCUCACGCAGAAGCUAUCUUCGAAUACUCAAGUCGACCAGAAGUAGCGAUAUACCUACUAUCUAGAAAACCCCAAACUGAGAUCCAAGAGACAGAAUAUGUGAUCAAUAAGAAGACUUUCCAAACACCCGAUGCCUCAGGUGCCGUGGGCAGACGAUUCGCGUUCGCAGUUACGCAACGUGAGGAUCCAGCACAAAAGGCUAUCGGAAUAGUCAGUAUAAAUUCACUUAUGCCUGCCCCAUCGGUUGGAUAUGGGAUACAUCCUGAUUUCUGGAGGAGCGGCUAUACAACUGAGGCUGUUGCGGCUCUUGUGGAUGCUUGGUGGAAGCUUGAGAGAAAAGAUAUGGGUGGAGAUGUUCAGCCGGAGAAGCUUUAUGCAGGUUGUGACACGAGUAACGUGGGCAGCGUGAAGGUGCUUUUGAAGAAUGGGUUCCAGCUUUAUGAAGAAAGGCAGUUAGAAGAUGAGCUUGCUGCGUUAUUUUGUAUGGAGAGGCCAUAA